CUUUCACGCCUUUUAUUCUACUCCUUUCAAGCUACUGCUCGACAGCGCAUUAUUUUUCGUGUUGUGCUUGGAGCUUGUGAUUGUGUCGUAAGCGGAAGCUGCGUAUUCUGAUUCUCGCGCUCCCCGUUCAUCAUGUCUUCUAGCACAGGGGGUGCCACACCGCCCUCGCAGGCGGACGUGAUUCACGAGCGCAACAAGCGCCUCUAUGGCCCGCUCAGGUGUUACAGAAAUCUCAAACGUCACAAUAGACUCUGAGUUUUGUCUUGCAUGAAGAAGAGCAUGAGGUAAAUGUAGAUCCUCGUCCUUCUUGCGCUUUUCGCAAUACAGCGAUUCUUAUCCGAGCAUUUGCCGCUCCAGAACUUUUUCGGCGUAUUCCUCUGUUGAGAGUUGGCCAGAUCAUGUACAACUUUUUGCGUCGCAAACAAUCCCCAUUCUGAUUGUGCUGACGUUUGAAAUUGUAAGUGUAAAACACCUGAGCGGGUUAUAGCGUUAUUGAGGACAUUCUGAACGGCACGGAUUUACUGUCCGCUAGCGCAAGCAGUUCUUCGUCGUCCGCAACUACCCUUUUUCCAAAUAACACCACGUCGAGGAACAACAAGACCUCCGCACAGGAGUCGCAUCCUCGUAGUUCGGGUUCGACGAGGAAGACCCACCUACAACACGAAGACCCGCCCGGAAACGACCACGAGAACCACGGGCACAAGAACGAGUACGAUAGGCAUCCGCUUCCUGCGCGCGAAAUCAAGAGGGUAAACAUCGGGAUUAACCCUUUGAUUACAGCAGGAGCUACUACUUCGUCCACGGCCGCGUCCGCGAGCAGAAGUGCCGGUGCACUAGACCAGGAGUAUGCGCAAGCCUCGACGUCGACAAGAAGCGCGUCCUCUUUUCUGGCAGCGGUGGAGAGGGAAACAAGAAGCGUGAAGGAAACGAGAAGCAUGUAUCAAAUGUAAAAAUGUCUGGGUCUGGAAACUUGUGAUGCUGGGUGACGUCUCAUGAUGAGGCCACAAGUGCUGGCUCAGCAUGACAAGUUUCUGAGCUGCUAGGUGUUGCCUAUUCUGCAUGACAGACUGCGUUUCUGCAUCACAGAAAAAUGGAGCUCUCGGGUAGCGUGCAUGACAGAUUUAAGAGUCAUGCCAGACAAGCAUGGCAAACAUGCAUUCUUCCAGUCCCAGACAUUUUUGCACUUGAUACGGUGGAGAGGGAAACGAGAAGCAUGAAGGAGGAGUUCAUUCUGCCAAGAACAGGGUAACAGAAAACCUUGACGUGACCGGGGAGGUCACGUCCACCCGGCCGGCCGGGCGGACCGUGACCGGGGGUAGACCAUGUCCCGCGGCUGCUAUCCGGGCGCGGGCUGCGCCAGAUGUUAGUUUUAUUUGGUGCGCGGAGCAGAGCCGCUCCGACUCCACCCGCAGUGCCUAUAAUCGAAAGCCUGGGUGGGCCUCAGGCUCCUGCAAAGUAGCUGGCGUUGCGGGGGCGGAUUUUAUUUAUGCAGUAGCUACUGUAGCGAGACACCGCUGGCAACCGCUCGAAACACCCCGCCCACCCACCAGAAAACGGGCUGGUGGUAGGAAUGCAUCGCGCGGCACCUUGGGCCAAAAGUGUCGAAGGUGCAGACUUCGUGGCGCUACCACUUGGAUCCGCCUGAGCUCGGACGAAGCGCCGCAUAUUGAGACCUGUGGCUCUCAGGUGCUGUGACCUGAACCCUAGCACUGAACGACUUUGGCUCAAGGUACAGCGCCACGACCUCCUGGCGCCCCCAUGCCCUUUUCACUCUUCGCGCAAAGGGUGAAAAGGGACCGGGGGUGGGAAGUCACGGCGCUGUGCAUUGAGCCCAAAAUGUCGCGACGCAGACUUCGCGUCUUUGCCAAGUUCAUAUGUCCGCGUCAAUAUCAUGCAGCAGGCCCAUGGUCAUCAGCAGAUCGGAUGCGUUGUAUAUUGAGCCCAGAGCGAAGUCGUGGCUCCGAGGUUUAGUGAGCCGCAUUCUACCACUGGACGACUUUGGCUCAAAGCACAUUGCGGCGACUCCAUUCUCCCAAUCCCUUUUCACCCUUCGUGCGCGCGAGGGGUAAAAAGAGACGAAGGGUAGCAAGUCACUGCUUCUUGUACUUGUUGCAGCAGGUCCAUUUCUAUGGGCAUGCGCUCGCGCUCGGGCGCAUUAAGUACAUAUUAAGGCCUGGGACUCCAAGGUGCACCGAGGUGCAUUCUGCCAGUGCACGACUUUGGCUCAAGGUGCAGUGCCGUCACCUCCUACCCCCACGAGCGACUGGCUCCAGGAUGUGGGUCGACCAGGGACAACCCCCGGUCACGGUCCGGCCGGCCGGGCGGACGUGACCGGCCCGGUCACGUCGAGAUUCUAUGUUAGCUUAUUCUGGCAGCGGUGGAGAGGGAAACGAGAAGUAUGAAGGAAGAGUUCAUUUUGCCGAGUAUCUUCCUGUGUAAAACCGUAGUCCCCACGUCUGGGGGCCCAAAAAUUGCGGCUCUCCGGCUGGGAAAAUCCAGAGGCUUUUAGGACUUUUACAUGACGAUUUUGAUCAUGGGCGCGCAGUGUAGUUGUUUUUGCGUAGCUUGACUUCGUUUACAUGACCAUGGCAGCAUCUUCGCGACAAAUCCAAUUUCUCAUGGUGACGUUGUGGAUUUAUUGCAUGAAGAAAAUGUCAAUGAGUCAUCUCUACUCUGCAUGAACAUUAGUGCGGGUACUUCCCCGCGCAGCGCCGGACGUCGUUUUUACACGCGAUACAGACGCCCCCACGAAUAUGGAAGCGUCAGGAUCGAAAUCGUCAAAGUUGAAAUGAUUUGCCAUGCAUAAAAUGGAUGCCAGUUGUAACCCAGCUUCAUCCAAGUGGCGCAUGACAAAUCUGGGUAGAUCCGAAAUCCAGUUUGUCAUGUUGUUUGGGUAAGGAAGACGCCUUUUGUCAUGCUACUUCAGCAGCGCUAUUUCUACCCCUCAACAGGCUUACAAUCCGCCUCCCUUGCCUACUCUGCAAGACAGGCACUUUGUGGGCUGCAUUUUAUGCAUGACAAAGCAUUUCAACUUUGACGAUUUCAAUCCUGACACAUCCAUGACGAAUUCGCGUGAUUCCACCGCAGGAGGACACUGCCCCGUCGUCUAGGGAUGAUCACCUUCGCCAAGAAGGUGAAAAGUCGUUUCUGUGGAAGUUUGGACUGGGGGAAGCAGAAGAUAAUGUGACUCGUCGUGACGACGCCGAGGACGCGCAACACAACGCUGUGAAACAAGAAAAAAAAUCGCAGGUGGAAAAAAUGGAAUCGAUAUCAAGUUCCCUCUUCAAGGCUACAACUAGCUCUUCUAGCAAAAACAGUACCACCUCCACGUCUACGGCAAGAACUGCGGCGCCUGCGUCUGCCGCUCCGAGUGCGUUUUCUAGCAAGAGUACAACGACGGAGCAAGUCAUUGUACCAGGGGUAGAGCAAGAACGACCAGAUCAGGAGCAGGUCAAACUGCAAAAAAGCAGGAUCGGAGCACUUUUUACCUCGGAUAACAGGGAAACAACAACAAAAUCGUGCUUCCCGUCUGCCUCGUCUGCGGAAGCGGUCUAUGUUGAUGAAAACAAGCAGCCAAGCAACGGUUCUUCGUUGUUGAAGCAGUCGACUGAAAGAGCUGAUGUCCAGCCUUCGCCGCCCCUGAAAUUUUCGCAAAUGAAGCACCAAAUCGCAACGCCCUCUCCCGCGGUCGUCAUCGCUUCGCCGCCCAGCUCGGCAGAACGGGCCGGGAGUACUAGCGAAGUUGUGGUAGAGGAGAAGAAUGAUCCUGGUGUUUUUGUACCACCGGUCAGGAUGGGUUUAAUGGUGGAUGAACCAAGGACCUCCGAUCUUCGAAACCCAACUCGAGUUCCGGCAGGACAAGCCGGCACUUCCUUCAGCACGACGGCAAAGAACACUGAGGUGGUGAACGAGAAAAGCUACACGGGGCGGUGGAAACUUCUGGAACCACGAAAAAACGAGGCAGGUCGACCUUUGGAGGAAGAAGAGAAUAUUACUAACGCGAGUGGAUUUCUUGAAGUAGAGAAGACCGGCUUGCAACUGCUGAAGGAAAAAUUCCUGGGGAAGAACGAUGGCGAAGAUAAGAACAGUUGGACUGCUAGACAGGAACAAGUGUUGAUUGGAAUGAAUCAUGACGACAUCGGCGACCAACCAGGAGCCGCUCCUGCGUCCAAUAACUGGUCCGUUUCUGUCUUGAACCAAAGCCAGCAGUCAAUAUCCGCGACCGCGGUUUCCACGAACACAACGCCUCGUAUUGCUGCGGCUGUUGCUGGCUUCGACCCCACGCCCCGGAGCAGCAGUUCUUGUUCUUUCAUGUCGACGAGCCAAAAUUACAACAUCGGAGCAGGAGGUACAACUUCAUCGUCCAGGACAAAAAAAAACUCUACUGCCGCCUCCCAGCUGGAUCCGCAGUUGCUCAACCUUGCGCAUCCGGAGUUGAUCCGGAAACUGGAUAAAGCGAAUCACCUGAACAUCCAGCUGCAGAAGGACUUGAAGAAGCUGCUCGACAAACACGUCAAGGUCAAGGAAGAAAACGGCUCGCUGAGUUCCAAGCUGCAGAAGGAAAAGCACAGCUGGAACCUGCUCGAUCACGAGCUGGAAGUAGUAAAACGGCAGCUGCUACCCCUGAAAAAGAAGAACCAGCAGCUCACCGAGGAAGCAGAUUUGUACUUUGAGGGCCUGUUGAAAUUGUUGUUUCUCCAUUCCCCGCCCGAGAUUCUCCAAAUAGCCGAAGAGCAGCCGAUGAUUGGCGGAACGCCACCACCAAACACAACGUCGCUGACGACCCGAGCGGCUGGAUCGGGAUCGCCUCAACAAGCUGGUGGUGCGAACAAGCAAGAGAAGCAUAAAAAUCCUGUUGACAACUACCCUUGUCUAGGACUACGCACAGGGAAGACUUCUACUGUGCCGGCCUCUCCAGGGGACAGUACAGCAAAGGGACGUCGACCAGGAUCAUCUUCGUCUUCUGGUACCUCCACGCCUCUGCAAAGUGAGCAAAAGUACGGAGGCGGCGCCGAGCGAUACGACGCGAACGGAGCAGUAGCUGCAGCGUCACCGUCCUCCGCCACGACAUCACACCCACAGCAUCUACUUUAUCUUCCCGAAGCGCUGCAGAAUCGACGGCAAAAAUCUGCGUUCAUGAUCCAGGCACUGCACCAGAAGAAACUCCGGCUCCACUGGCUCCGGAGCGGGUUUCCGCAGAUUUGGAAAAACAGGAGGAAAACUUCUACCAAUGACGGCAUAAUUGGAAGAGGUCAGAACAAUACUACAUCUACAUCAACUUCCGGAGGAGGUAAGAAUACUAGCUCUACUGGAAGUGCUGUCAACUUCUACCCCCCGUCGGCACUGUCACUGACUCCGCGACGGAGCAAAAGGCAGCAUGGUGGUAUUCAAGAAAAAAACACCAUCACAAUCACUUUUGCACAUUUUUGCAAUACAAAAAUUUUUGUCAUGCGCAAAAAUGCAUCACAGUCAAGGGCUAUAGGCGAGUUCCCUUUGUGUCUUUGCAAGACAAGAAAAAUUUGUCAUGCGAGACGAUGCAAAACCUCCUAAGUGUGCUUGUGAUGGUGUUUUUUUCUUGGAUAGGUGGACAGCAACAUUUUCAAGGGGACCACGACCAGGAUGUAGUUUUUUCAAAAAGUGCACUGGAGCUGCGAGAGUUUCACGAGGACGACGACUCCGUCUCUUACAGCUGGAUUGAUCCUGCCUCCGACGAGUUGAAGGUGGAGCUGCUGUCUACCGAGCUUCUGAAGCAGAAAAACGAGUACGAGUUGCUGAAGAAGAAUUACUAUCCUGUGCAAAAGUAUCGCACUCGUACUAAUCGCAAAUAUGCAUGACAAAUAUUUUUCCUAGGGAAAAAGAGCAUUACAAAUUUCACUUUCCUUCUUGCCAAAAUUUGUCAUGCAGUUUAUACUAGUGCGAUACUUUUGCAAUGCAUAGUUACCAGCUGGCGCUCCUGGAGGUCAGCAAAUUGAAGGACCAGGUGCAGGAGCUGAAGGGCAACGUCCGGGUGUUUUGUCGGCUGCUAUCAAAUGUAAAAAUGUCUGGGUCUGGAAGAAUGCAACUUGUGAUGCUGCAUUUGGAUUCAAAAAAAAUCUGUAUUGCAUGAGUACCAACGGGAAUGCAAUUUUUGCUACGCUGAGAAGGCAUUUGUCAUGCGGAAUAGGCAUCAAGAAGCCCUCAGAAAAUCUGUAUUACUAGGGUACGCAUCACAGACAUCAUGGCUCAUGCAAAACGUGCAUGACAAAUGUCAGAAUCUUCCAGACCCAGACAUUUUUACAGUUGUUAGCUGCUCCCACUAAACAAUCUUCAUCCAUCUGGUGGUUCGGACCGCACUUUUUUACUAGGGGACGCCACGGCAAGUCAAAAUCACGGCAUGUCAGCAGUGCGACCAAAAAAUGAGGAACCGGGCGGCGGUACUGGAGCAUCGGGGACAGGGGGUAAGGUUAUACUUUUGUCGACGAUGAACUCGAACGACACUUGCGAGAUGAGUUGUUCUUCCUCUGUGUUGUAUGUACACAAAUAGGUGGGUGUUGAUACUGUGACAGGAGAAAACAAGUGUGCCCGCGAUACUACAUGAAUGAUAAAUGAGUCUGCAUGUCCGCACGGUGCGGGCAGUGAAGCUUGUGAAAAAAGACUUUAACUACGAGUUUUCUUGUGAUCAGGUGGUCACCGCCGGCUGAGCAGUUUAGUUUUGCGUAGCGGGGACAAUUUUGGUGGACGGGAAGUGGAAUUUGCCUUCGAUCGAGUCUUUGGGCAGAAGGACACACAGGCGACGAUCUACGAGGAGGUGGGGCCGCUGCUCGAGGGGAUUCCGAGAGGGUACUUAGUUGGUACUUUCACUUACUAUGUACUUGCAAGACGAUUGAUGUAUGAUGCGCAGUUUGCAGUUUGCACACAAAACUACAGCAUGGCGACGCUCUUCAUGAAGAAUAUCUUUUCGAAGGAGACAGAAGCAACAGGGUGCAAAGACAGCUAGACUCCACUUAAAUCCAGGUUCCACCUUGCGAUUUUUGCUUACGGCCAAACGGGCAGCGGGAAAACGUACACCCUGGACGGCACGCAGGAGCAGCCGGGCAUUCUGCGAUCGGCUCUGCAGGACAUGCUGAAAAUCGCCGAUAGCAAAGGUUAUCAGCUGGUUUUGUCCAUCGUGGAGAUCUACAACGAGCAGGUGCGGGACUUGCUCGAGCCUCCCAAAUCCGCGGCCUCAUCUUCGACUUAUUUUCAUGCCGACUACGAUUUCGUGGUUCCCGACCGGACCUACAAUAAUUUCAACGGCACGACCAAUCAGUCGCCCAGCAAGAACAUUCUAGGGUCCGCACGGACCAACGCGUCCUCCGUCUCGCCGCGUAAGCCGCGCGGCGCUACAGGCGGGUCCUCCUCAAAUUUUCACACCAAGCCACAGUCGAGCGCGCGAAAGCGCGGCCGGAAUCUGUCGGAUUUUGGGGCGGCGGGUGGUGGUGGCACUUCUUCGACGGCGGGAGGGAGCGUGUCUGUGUCUCCCCGCAAGGCACCGACGGAGACGACCACGCAGAGAAGUGGUCGAGGAGGUGGAGGACAGCACAAUAAUCUUCACCCUUACAACAAUUACGGUGCGCAGAAUAACAACAACUACAACACCACCGGUACUACUUUUACUAAUACUAAUAUGGCGGGGUCAGGAUCGGGGUCGGCGUCUUCGAGCACGGCGCAUAAUUUUGGAACGAGCAACAGCGGCGUUUCCUCGUCGUCCUCCCGGAGCGUGACCCCCCGAGGCAAUAAUUCUCAUGCAGGGACUGCCGGUAAUUGCACGAGCACGGCAAGUUCCGGACCGGGUUCAGGGGCUGGAGGCAGCACGGCCGCGGCCGCUUUUCCGCCGAGCGCAGCGGCGCCAAGCACCACGAAUGCAAACAGCGCUUUUUUGAACCAGUCCUUCCAAUCCACCAGUAGCAUCCGAUCGGUCAGCAGCAGUGCUACGACCUCCGGGCAACAUCAGAAUUACGCCAGCCAGCACCUGGAGAUCCGGGGGGUGACCAAUCACGGUGUUGCUGCGAGCACGGGUUGUACCGGGCCCGUCAACUUGGUGGAUCAUGGCGCAGGUGGAGGGGUUUCUUCCGGUCGGGGAGCAGCUGUCGAGCGGGAUCAGCACAGUGAGCUGUACCACUCCUCUUCCGCAGGCUCUUAUGCAAGGAAGAAAGAGUUUUACAUACAGUUCGAACUAGAAGGCAUGUGUUGCAGGACAAAGCGACGAGUAUGAGACAGACAACCUCUGUCAUGCCCGCAUAAUCUUUGAAUCGUUGCGUUUUCUUCCGACUGCUUCUUGUCCCAGUCGCACGGACCAGGACUCUAUUGCUAAAUCAGUAGCACCAGACUGGAAGGAGAACUGUAUGUAAAGUCACUUUUUUUCUCGGAUGCUUCUUCUUCUAGUAGUGGCCACCACCACCACCCUUCGGAUUUUACAACCUCGCUGUUCGGCAUAUGGCGUUCUCAACUGUUACAUCCUCAACUGUUACAUGGAUUUGUGUUGCAAGAAGUGCAACAGUGAAAUAGGAGACCUUGCGCUUCUUGCAUGACAGAUUUGGCAAAGAUUCUCAGCCUGUUGGGCUCGUCGGGAAUUUGUCAUGCGAAGCAGCUUGAUUGCGUCGAUUCUGAAUCUGAGUGCAAUUUUGCAUGACAAAUCAUGUAACAGUUGAGAAUGUAACAUUUGAGAACGCCAUUCGGUAGCAUCUACGUGGACGGGCUGUCUACGGUAAAAAUCCACUCCUGGGAGCACGCCGACCGGAUCUUGCAGCGGGCGCGGCAGUAUCAACUGCAAAAAUGUCUGGGUCUGGAAGGAUGCGAACCUGUGAUGCGCAUUUCACAUACACAGACAAAUCUCUCUCAUACAUCACACAACAAAAGACGUGCAUUUCCUGUCACCAAAGAUUUGUCAUGCACAUUAAGCAAUUGCAAUGCGGAAGCUUCUCGAAUAAAUCUGUGAUGCUAGGGCUUCCAUGACAGACAUUCUGUGUCGUGCAAAAACAGCAUGACUCUUCGAGACCCAGACAUUUUUGCACUUGAUAGGCAGAGCCGCGUGACCGGCGCCACGGCGCUGAAUGACGUGAGCUCGCGAUCCCACUGCAUCUACUCGCUCGGUCUGCGGUAUCCUACAGAAAAGUACCUAAACCCGUAUCAGAAAAAAAUGGAUUUGUGUUCGCUAAACUGCCGGCACUUAAACCCUCGUAAUGCGGAGACCACAAAUAAAGAGGCUGCUUUCUGUCGUGCAGAAUGCAGCUGCCGGCAGUGUGUGCUGUCUAAUGCAGUCGACAGUGUGUGCAUGUGCUGUGUAAAAAGUAGGUAUGAUCAAAGAGUAGAUGGCGUCGCUUUUGCUUAGCAUUCUGCGCAGCCAAGUCCUGUCUGUGACACGAAAUAAAUCCCCGCAGCACAAAUCUUCUUUUUUCUGGCGUGCUGGGCUUGCCUUUCUGUGGGAUAUGCGCACCAAGAGCGGCGCGGCAGUGCCGUCCUCCGGAGUACAACCAGGCAAGACGAGCAACUCUGACCCUCAGUCGUGCAGCGUCGAGCAGUACGUGGGCGCGCUGCACGUGAUUGACCUGGCGGGGUCGGAGCGCACCAAGGUCUCGAAGGCGGAGGGCCAACGGAUGCAGGAAGCCAAACAGAUCAACAAGUCCCUGUCCGCCCUGGGCGACACGCUCUUCGCACUCGAAGCGAAGCACGCGCACAUCCCCUUCCGGAACAGCAAGCUGAGUUACCUGUUGUCGGACGUGCUGUCACAACAAUGGUCGAAGGUUCUCUUCAUUGCCACAGUGAAUCCGUCCAUGGAAAACGUUCAGGAAAGCUUCUCCACGCUGUCCUUCGCGCGGAGGAUCGCAAACAUCGAGAAGGGGAAGCUCAAAGCCAAUAGCUCGUGAUAAAAGUAAUUUUCUAGCUCCGUGAGUAAACGAUGGUGAGGAGAAAACCGGGGUUGAAAAUGCGUUUAGUAGAACUUCUAACCACGAGGCAUGGAAGAGCGCGACGGGCAUCCAUGAUUUUUAAUGAGAUAGAAACAUGAUGUUGCAAAGCUGUACGCGGCUGCAAGGGAGACCGGUUGUGGCAUUUCGUUAGACUAUGAGUAUUCGUUUGUGCACCAUGAUUUUCUCUUCCCAUCAGAAU